AUGGCUUCGUUCCCCGAGACCGACUUCCAGAUCUGCCUGCUGUGCAAGGAGAUGUGCGGCUCGCCGGCGCCGCUCUCCUCCAACUCGUCAGCGUCGUCGUCCUCGUCGCAGACGUCCACGUCGUCGGGGGGCGGCGGCGGGGGCCCCGGGGCGGCGGCGCGCCGCCUGCACGUCCUGCCCUGCCUGCACGCCUUCUGCCGCCCCUGCCUCGAGGCGCACCGGCUGCCGGCGGCGGGAGGUAGCGCGCCCGGGGAGCCGCUCAAGCUGCGCUGCCCCGUGUGUGACCAGAAAGUAGUACUAGCCGAGGCGGCGGGCAUGGACGCACUGCCUUCGUCCGCCUUUCUGCUCAGCAACCUGCUUGACGCCGUGGUGGCCACAGCCGACGAGCCACCGCCCAAGAACGGGCGCGCCGGCGCCCCGGCCGGCGCGGGCGGCCACAGCAACCACCGGCACCACGCUCACCAUGGGCACCCGCGCGCGUCCGCCUCCGCGCCGCCGCUCCCCCAGGCACCGCCGCCUCCUGCGCCUUCCCGCUCUGCUCCCGGCGGCCCGGCCGCCUCUCCAUCGGCGCUGCUGCUGCGCCGGCCUCACGGCUGCAGCUCGUGCGAUGAGGGCAACGCGGCCUCCUCGCGCUGCCUCGACUGCCAGGAGCACCUGUGCGACAACUGCGUCCGCGCGCACCAGCGCGUGCGCCUCACCAAGGACCACUACAUCGAGCGCGGUCCGCCGGGUCCAGCCGCGGCGGCGGCGGCGGCCGCGGCGGCGGCUCAGCAGCUCGGGCUUGGGCCGCCCUUCCCUGGCUCUCCCUUCUCCAUCCUCUCCGUGUUUCCCGAGCGCCUCGGCUUCUGCCAGCACCACGAAGAUGAGGUGCUGCACCUGUACUGCGACACUUGCUCUGUGCCCAUCUGUCGGGAGUGCACGAUGGGCCGGCAUGGGGGCCACAGCUUCAUCUACCUCCAGGAGGCGCUGCAGGACUCCAGGGCACUCACCAUCCAGCUGCUGUCUGACGCCCAGCAGGGCCGCCAGGCAAUCCAGCUGAGCAUCGAGCAGGCCCAGACAGUGGCAGAACAGGUGGAGAUGAAGGCAAAAGUUGUACAGUCGGAGGUCAAGGCUGUGACUGCAAGGCAUAAGAAGGCCCUGGAGGAGCGAGAGUGUGAGCUGCUGUGGAAGGUGGAGAAGAUCCGCCAGGUAAAAGCCAAGUCCCUAUAUCUGCAGGUGGAGAAGCUGCGGCAAAACCUCAACAAGCUCGAGAGCACCAUCAGUGCCGUCCAGCAGGUCCUGGAGGAAGGUAGGGCACUGGACGUCCUGCUGGCCCGAGACCGGAUGCUGGCCCAGGUGCAGGAGCUGAAGACCGUGCGAAGCCUCCUGCAGCCCCAGGAGGAUGAUCGGAUCAUGUUCACACCCCCUGACCAGGCACUGUACCUUGCCAUCAAGUCCUUAGGCUUCGUUAGCAGCGGGGCCUUUGCCCCACUCACCAAGGCCACAGGUGAUGGCCUCAAGUGGGCCCUCCAGGGUAAGGUGGCCUCCUUCACUGUCAUUGGGUAUGACCACGAUGGUGAGCCCCGUCUCUCGGGAGGUGACCUAAUGUCAGCUGUGGUCCUGGGCCCUGAUGGUAACCUGUUUGGUGCAGAGGUGAGCGAUCAGCAGAACGGGACUUACAUGGUGAGCUACCGGCCCCAGCUGGAGGGCGAGCACCUGGUGUCAGUGACCAUGUGCAACCAGCACAUUGAGAACAGCCCCUUCAAGGUGGUGGUGAAGUCAGGCCGCAGUUACGUGGGCAUCGGGCUCCCGGGCCUGAGCUUCGGCAGUGAGGGUGACAGCGAUGGCAAGCUCUGCCGCCCUUGGGGUGUGAGUGUAGACAAGGAGGGCUACAUCGUUGUCGCUGACCGCAGUAACAACCGCAUCCAGGUGUUCAAGCCCUGUGGCACCUUCCACCACAAAUUUGGCACCCUAGGCUCCAGGCCCGGGCAGUUUGACCGACCAGCUGGCGUGGCCUGUGACACGUCACGCAGGAUCGUGGUGGCUGACAAGGACAAUCAUCGCAUCCAGAUCUUCACCUUCGAGGGCCAGUUCCUCCUCAAAUUUGGUGAGAAAGGAACCAAGAAUGGGCAGUUCAACUACCCUUGGGAUGUGGCAGUGAAUUCUGAGGGCAAAAUCCUGGUCUCAGACACACGGAACCACCGGAUCCAGCUCUUUGGGCCUGAUGGGAUCUUCCUGAAUAAGUAUGGCUUCGAGGGGGCUCUCUGGAAGCACUUUGACUCUCCACGGGGUGUGGCCUUCAACCACGAGGGCCAUCUGGUGGUCACCGACUUCAACAACCACCGGCUCCUGGUCAUUCACCCCGACUGUCAAUCAGCACGCUUCCUGGGCUCUGAGGGCACCGGCAACGGGCAGUUCCUGCGCCCCCAAGGAGUGGCCGUGGACCAGGAAGGGCGCAUCAUUGUGGCCGAUUCCAGGAACCACCGGGUACAGAUGUUUGAGUCCAAUGGCAGCUUCCUGUGCAAGUUUGGUGCUCAAGGCAGUGGCUUUGGGCAGAUGGACCGCCCCUCCGGCAUCGCUGUCACCCCUGAUGGAAUGAUCGUCGUGGUGGACUUUGGCAACAAUCGAAUCCUCAUCUUCUAA